GGACCCGCACCGGUGCCGGUGCCGGGGUCGGUGCGGGGCUGGUGCCGGUCCCGGUCCCGCCAUGGAGGAGCCGAGCUGCGGGGCGCAGUUCCGCGCCGCCGUUCAGGUGAUCCAGGGGCUGCCGCGGAGCGGGGCGUACCGGCCCUCCUACGAGGAGAUGCUGCGCUUCUACAGCUACUACAAGCAGGCGACGGCGGGGUGCUGCCAGGGCCCGCGGCCCGGCUUCUGGGACCCUAUCGGCCGGUACAAGUGGGACGCGUGGCACAGCCUGGGGAGGAUGUCCAAGGAGGAGGCGAUGGCCGCGUACGUGGCGGAGAUGAAGAAGGUGGCCCAGAAGGUAACGGGGCGGGCGGCGGGCCGGGCCGCGCUGCCGGGGCCGCCCGUGUCCAGCCGCGUCCCUCCGCAGGUCAUCGACACCGUGCCCAUGGACGAGACCACGCAGGAGAUGUUCCGCUACUUCGAGCCGCUCUACGAGGUGAUCCACGACAUGCCCCGGCCCCCCGAGUUCUUCUUCAAGAGGAAAGGGGACAGUCGGGAAGAGCCGGACGGCCCCGUCCAGGAUGUGCCAGGGGGCAGCCCGGCCCCGGAGUGCCCCGAGGAUGCCCUGCCCGGGGAGCAGCAGGGCGGGCAGCACGUGCCAGAUCCCCGGGCCACCGCGGGGGAGCAGGACCUCGGGAACACCGCCGAGCUCAGCCCGGAGCUGGAGGCCCACGUGGCCAGCGCGGUGCAGGCCCUGCAGGAGGAGCUGCGGCGGGUGCGGGAGCGGCUGAGCCGGCUGGAGACGCUCACCUGGGCACAGGGGGACACGGCUGGGACAGACCCCGACCCAGCACUUGCUCCGCAGGUGACGUCCCCGUGGCCCCUGACGGUGUCCCCCCGCACGCUGCUCUUCCUCGCCACCUGGCCCUUCCUCACCCAGUGGCUGCUGCGCCGCUGGCAGGGCAGGAACAGGUGACCAAGAGUUGCCCGCCACGGCCCCGCUGCCACCCCAUCCUACCCCAUCCAUCCCGCUUGGCACCAGCCGGGGGAGCUCCGCGGACCCAUCGCAUCACCAGCCACGG